UCUUCCUCAAACCAGCAGAAACAUAUCAUACAGCAACUUUAUUUUGAUAAACAAAAUGUUUUUUUACUUCUGUUUUUUUAUGCAAUGAUUUUCCUUCAGUUAUGCAAUUACGGGGCUUGCUGUAGCCCCCUGGCAAACUCUGCCCGGUUUGUGGCACAGAUCAUCUGGUGUCUUCUGUGGACAACAGACUCCACUGAGUUGUAUCUGAGAAACAGGGAAUUUGUGCUGUACCAGGGACCAUGGAUCACUCUAAACAAAGCCUUUUCUUGCUGGGAGUCAUCACCUUUGCUACACUAUGGGCACCAAUCAAGACUCAAAUAAUCACUGAAUUGACGACACCUGAGUACGACUACAAUACUGAAGCUGAAGAGCAAAUGGACAUUGUUUCAAUAGUUGAUACAAAAGUUACUACAGCAAUCCCAAGUGUUAUUGCACAACCAUCUCAAGAAACAAGUGAGAAGACCACGGUAGGCACAGAGCAAGUGAGAAGCGCCAUGACCCAAGAAACAAGUGAGAAGACCACGGUAGGCUCAGAGCAAGUAAGAAGCGCCAUGACCCAAGAAACAAGUGAGAAGACGUCUGCAAAUAUAGAGCAAAUGGGAAGCCCCACAAUCAGAAUGAUCGCAGCUCAUAUGGACUCAGCAAAAACUACAAGCAAGGCAGAACACCCCACAGUGUCGAUUGCUAAAGAUCAGAAUGGAUCAUUUUUUGAUAAUGCUGCAAAUCCACAGAGUACAAAAAGUAAACAAGAAACUUUUAUUUGUUUGAUCAUCAUUGGUGCGCUUACAAUCAUCUGCACCCUUCUGUUAGUGACAACAACUGUCUUGUGCCAUCGGGUGCACAUUCUCACGAAGAACCAGAAAAAGCCUCAAACCAGGAGCAAUGGCGACUUCAUGAAAUCAUCCAAGCUGUGGUCAACUGGGCCCCAUGCCCUGGUGGCUAUGCCAAUGGAGGAAGGAGGAACCAGUGCAACAUCGGAGGAAGUCACACCGCUGAAGAAUGUGGAAGAAGGGGAGAAAAAUGAAACUUCGGGCAACACGGCAAAAGUAGAAAAUGGGACCGAUUAAAGUAAACUCUAGUCAUUGAUUACCUCUUUGGGCUAUUGGGGACUCUGGAGUCCUAAAGCCCUGGCUCUGGCCAACCUGUGUCUAAUAGCCUCUGAAUAUUAGGCUUCCAUUUCAUACAUGGGCAAAUUUUAAUUUGUAGGUGGUAUACCUACGUGGAACUCAG